AUGGGAAGUAUGGCAAUAUCUAAGGGAGUCAGCUUUCUCUUUCCUCGGGCUAACCGUCUGCGCCUUAGGGAAUCGACUUGGUGGCUACACGAACCAACGGACACACUGUUUCGAAGGAAGGCUAACGACACCCGGACACAGUUUUCGAGGUCCCCGAGACGAUCACAAGUCCCCAAGUACCACGCUCCUAUUCCCUUUCAAGACGACACCAUCCCCUCCACUUGCAAACGAGUCAGCGUGCAUUCGACCCAAACAGCCCAAUAUGUGUCACUCCUAUGCUCCAGUUUCACAUCCGAAAUCCUACUCCCACCUCCCCAGGAUCUACCUUGCACACUUGAAGCGCUACACAAAGCCACACAAGCACUCCAACUGACUGAUAAUGGGUCCACCAUCGCUCAGGCAAUCACCCAUGGCGCCAGGAAGAAGCCUCCACACAGACAGGUUCGACCGGAUCAAAUGGCAGCAGUCUUCUAGGGCUUUGGUGACGCCUCUGGGGCAGGGUUUGGAGGCUUUGGUGAAAGCUGGUCCCACCACGUUG